AAUCCGCUUUUACCAGACACACUUCAUGCAGGUGUUCAGCCCAUAGAAUAUGAAUGUAUGAAGACGUUAUAUGACAUACAUAUGAACAUCAUAUCAUUUUUAAAACCGAUAUACGUGUUGAACGCGUCGACUGUGUUGAAAUGGGAAGUAAAAGCCUACAUUUUAUAAGGAAGUAGAGAAGUAACGGUCGAAGAAACAUGUUUGAGCUGAGUGAGCUGUGACUUACUUCUAAAAUGAGUCUCUCUGAGGAGAGAGAGGAGGAGACCACUGCCUCUAAAAUGAGUCUCUCUGGGGAGAGAGAGGAGGAGAACACUGCCUCUAAAAUGAGUCUCUCUGGGGAGAGAGAGGAGGAGACCACUGCCUCUAAAAUGAGUCUCUCUCGGGAGAGAGAGGAGGAGAACACUGCCUCUAAAAUGAGUCUCUCUGGGGAGAGAGAGGAGGGGACCAUUGCCUCUAAAAUGAGUCUCUCUGGGGAAAGAGAGACCACUGCCACUAAAAUGACUCAAGACACCAGUUCUAAGAGUGUCCAGAAGCCCAGAGCAGAGUCACCUACAACCAGCCUGCUAUCAAUGAGGAGUGAUCAGCCACCUGCAUUCAGCCAGGAACCAUUACCAGAUGACAAUAAGGAAGUGGAGAGUUUGGACAGUGAGGAUGCAUUAAAGAUCACACACAACCUUCUGGACAGAAGAAGUCAAACUCUGCUGACAGUCCAACAAGACAUUAAGGCUAAACUGAAACACUGGUAUCAACACAUAUCUGAAGGAAUUGGACACCAUGGAAACCAAAGUCUGUUCAAGGACAUCUACACAGAGCUCUACAUCACAGAGGGUGGAAGUGGAGGGCUCAAUAAUGAACAUGAGGUUAGACAGAUGGAGAUGGCAUCCAAGAAACAAACCACAGAAGAGACACCAAUCAAAUGCAACGACAUCUUCAAGCCUUUACCCGGACAAGACAAACCAAUCAGAACUGUGCUGACAAAAGGAAUCGCUGGCAUUGGAAAAACAGUCUCUGUGCAGAAGGUCGUCCUUGACUGGGCAGAGGGAAAAGCAAAUCAGGACGUUCAUUUCAUGUUUCCUCUUCCUUUCCGUGAUCUGAACCUGAAAAAGGACCAAUACAGUCUGAUGCAACUUCUUUCCCACUACUUCCCAGAAAUGAAAGAGAUUGACAGCAUUGAAGAUGGUGAAACCAAAACUGAUUUCAUUUUGGAUGGUCUGGAUGAGUGUCGACUUCCUCUAGACUACAAAAACAAUGAGAAGUGCUCUGAUGUCACGAAGCCAACCUCAGUGGACGUGCUACUGACAAACCUCAUCGAGGGGAAUCUGCUUCCCUCUGCUCUCCUCUGGAUAACCACACGGCCCGCAGCAGCCAAUCAGAUCCCUCCUGAGUGUGUUGACCAAGUGACAGAGGUACGAGGGUUCAAUGAUCCACAGAAGGAGGAGUACUUCAGGAAGAAAAUCACAGAUCAGAAACUGGCCAAUGAAAUCAUCAAACACAUGAAGACGUCAAGGAGCCUCCAGAUCAUGUGCCACAUCCCGGUCUUCUGUUGGAUAUCAGCCACUGUCCUUGAGACGAUGCUGAAAGUGGCAGAGAAGAAUGAAGUCCCCAAAACUCUGACCCAGAUGUGCUCACACUUCAUGCUCAUCCAAAUCAUUGUGAAGAACAGGAAGUACAACAAAGCCACAGAGACAAACCCGAAGGAACUGUCUCAGUCAGACAAAGAGAUGAUCCUGAAACUGGCAAAGCUGGCUUUCCAACAGCUGCAGAAGGGCAACCUGAUCUUCUAUGAGGAGGACCUGAGAGACUGUGGCCUUGAUGUCACAGAGGCAUCAGAGUACUCAGCAUUGUGUACAGAGAUCUUUAAAGAAGAAUCUGGGCUGUACCAAGAGAAGGUCUACAGCUUUGUGCAUCUGAGCAUUCAGGAGUUUCUAGCAGCAGUGCAUGCUUUAGAAUCUUGUCUGGACAAGAAGGAAAAUGUUUUCUCCUCCACGAGUGAUGAUGAAAAGAAGGAGUCAAUCCAGUUGUCUGACUUACACAGGAGAGCAGUGGACCAGGCCUUGAAGAGUGAGAAUGGACACCUGGACCUGUUCCUCCGCUUCCUUCUGGGUCUCUCGCUGGAGUCCAAUCAGAAUCUGUUACGAGGCCUUCUGACACAGACAGGAAGUACAACACAGAGCCAUAAGAAAACAAUUAAGAGAACAGUCAGGUACCUUUCAGACAAGAUCAAGUACGAAUCCUCACCAGAAAGGAUCAUCAACUUGUUCCACUGUCUGAAUGAACUUGGUGCCAACUCUCUAGUUGAAGACAUGCAGACCUCCCUGCGAUCAGGAACUCUUUCAGAAACAAGACUAAAACCUGACCAAUGUUCAGCCCUGGCCUACCUGUUACUGAUGUCAGAGGAGGUGCUGGAGGAGUUUGACCUGAAGACGUACAACACAUCAGAGAAAGGUUAUCAGAGGUUGCUGCCGGUCGUGAAAACCUGCAAGAGAGCACUGUAA